AUGAAAGCAGCCCUUGCAAGCAUAUGUCUCCUCGGACUCUUGUUGGCCGGCCCGUCGUGUGCCGUCCCGCUGGCACCUGCCCGCCGCAGCGCCAAUGCAAGUACUUCCAGCAGCACCAGUUCCAGUUGGAGCAGCUCCUUGUACAGCAACCAAAACAUCUCCAACUGCCAGCCGCUUGCACCCCGUGCCGCUCCCACGAGUGUGCACGAUCUCAGGGCCGACGACAUCCGAGUCGUUGCGGCCCUUGGUGACAGUAUCACUGCUGCUUUCGGCGCCGACGGUCGUACUCCAGGCCAGCCUUUGUUCAUCGAAAACCUGAACGAAAACAGAGGAGUGUCCUUCUUCAUGGGCGGAGAUCCAGGAGCCAUCACCGUCGCCAACUUUGUGCACAACUACAAGCCGUCGCUCACCGGAAGCAGCUACGGCACUCACGUCACCGAGCUCUGCUACGGGCUGCUCUGUCCCCCUCUCCAGUACCACCCUGUGCAGGAUCGGCUCAAUGCGGCCCAGACAGGGGCCAUGGCGCUUAACCUGCAGCACGAGCUAAACUACCUCAUCAACGAAAUGCAGCAAAACAGCCAAGUCGACAUGAAAAAUGAUUUCAAGCUCCUGAACAUCUUUAUCGGCAAUAACGAUGCCUGCUCGGGGUGUGAUCCCAUCUCGGGAUCUCUUUGGCUGUCGCCAGAUGUGUUUGAAAGCGCCAUCCGCGACAUCUUGAGCCAAAUCCAAGCCAACAUUCCUCGUACCGUUGUCAACAUCGUCCAGCAGUUCAACAUUUCGCAGGUCUGGGACUUGACUCACAACGACUCGUACUGCAGCACCAUCCGAAGCGAGGGGCUCACGUUUGAAUGUACUUGUGCCUUCCUGCCUGGGGAACUUGGUACCUUGACACGACAGAGGAUGGAUGACCUCAUCCAGGAGUACAACGGGAGGCUGUAUGCCAUCUGGAAGGACUACCAAGCCCAGACCCCUGAUCCAAGCUUUGCAGUGGUGCUCGAUCCCUCGUUUACCCAGAUCACCAUCGGUGCCUGGCCAAUUCAGAUGUUGAGCGAUGUCGAUUGCUUCCAUCCCUCGGUCCGCGCACACGAACUCAUGGCCGUCAGCAUGUGGAACAAUCUCUUCCGUCCCUUUAGCAACAAGACCACCCAGGCCAAUCCGUACAACCCCGGCGCCAUCUUUUGCCCCAGCGACGACUCGCGCAUCAUGACCAACUGAGUUGGCAUGGCCGCAGAUCUCCGGAGGGGACAAGCCACCGAUAAUGAAGUAGUCGGCUUGGACUGCAUCUAUUCCACACCAAUGUCCCGGAAGUCACCACCAGAUUCCACGAUUCAACAUGCUCGAGGCGAGACGGGGCGGUGUGUC